AUAAAAAAAAAAGCCCAGAAACAGAGAAAUUGAGCUUGAAGCUGAUACAAGCCAUGUCUUCUUCAACUUUCAAUCCCAAAAAAAUAUAUAUAAAUUAUCCUCUCUAAUAAUCCAAAAUCUCUUCCCUUUCUCUUUCUCCAAUUCUUGAGCAUCUCAUCUGGGUUCUUUCUGUUUUUUGAGCUGGGUAUCAUACUUUUGAUGCCAAGUUCAACUCCAUCUUCAAAUAUGUGAAAUUUUACCUGCUUUCUUUACUUCUUGCAUGUUUCUUCUUCUUGUCUUGCUUCGGAUCAAACUUAUUUUCACUUAUGAAUCUCACUAACGGCAAGGGAUCCAUGUCAACGGCCAGCUCUAGUGCAGCUUGGAGAGCUGGGGACGUUGUCCCCGAUCAGUUUCCGGCAGGGCUAAGGGUCUUAGUUGUUGAUGAUGAUCCAACAUGUCUUAUGAUCUUGGAGAAGAUGCUCAGGACCUGUCUCUAUGAAGUUACAAAAUGCAAUCGAGCUGAGACCGCAUUGUCUUUGCUUCGGGAGAACAAAAAUGGAUAUGAUAUUGUUAUAAGUGAUGUUCACAUGCCAGACAUGGAUGGAUUUAAACUCCUUGAACACAUUGGACUAGAGAUGGAUCUGCCUGUUAUCAUGAUGUCAGCGGAUGAUGGGAAAAGUGUUGUUAUGAAGGGGGUCACUCAUGGUGCUUGCGAUUACCUUAUUAAACCAGUUCGCAUCGAGGCACUGAAGAACAUAUGGCAGCAUGUGGUUCGGAAGAAAAGGAAUGAAUGGAAGGACUUGGAGCAAUCAGGCAGUGUCGAAGAGGGAGAUAGACAGCCGAAACAGUCAGAGGAAGCAGAUUACUCAUCUUCCGCCAAUGAAGGGAACUGGAGAAACUCAAAAAAGAGGAAAGACGAGGAAGAAGAUGCAGAGGAAAGGGAUGACACAUCCACAUUAAAGAAGCCAAGAGUGGUUUGGUCAGUUGAGCUCCACCAACAGUUUGUUGCUGCUGUUAAUCAACUAGGCAUUGACAAGGCUGUUCCUAAGAAAAUUCUAGAGUUGAUGAAUGUUCCUGGGCUCACCAGAGAAAAUGUUGCUAGCCACCUCCAGAAAUAUCGUUUAUAUCUCAGAAGAUUGAGUGGGGUUUCACAACACCAGAAUAAUUUGACCAACAGUUUUAUUAAUCCCCAAGAAGCAAGCUAUGGGCCACUGUCCUCUCUCAAUGGACUUGACCUUCAAACUCUUGCUGCUACUGGUCAGCUUCCAGCACAAAGCCUUGCCACACUCCAAGCAGCUGGGCUUGGUCGAUCAGCAGUAAAAUCUAGAAUGCCCAUGCCCAUUGUUGAUCAAAGGAACCUUUUCAGCUUUGAGAAUCCAAAAUUAAGAUUCGGAGAGGGACAACAACAGAUAAGCAGUAGUAAGCCAAUGAACUUUCUUCAUGGUAUCCCAACAACCAUGGAGCCUAAGCAGCUCGCAAAUUUGCAUCAUUCAGCACAAUCUCUAGGGGGCAUGAAUAUGCAAGUCAAUGCCCAUGGUGGGCAGGGUGGUCAAGGUGAUUCAUUGCUGAUGCAGAUGUCUCAGUCACAGUCCAGGGGGCAGAUACUAAAUGAAACCACUGGCAGCCAUGUUCCUACUCUCCCAUCAUCCAUAGGGCAGCCUGUUCUACCUAAUGCAGUUGUUGGUGGAGUCUUAGCAAGAAAUGGUUUAGCUGAGAAUGGUAGAGGGACAGGAUACAUUCAAGUUUCACAAUCAUCUUCAAUGUUGAAUUUCCCACUGAACAGCCCAGCAGAAUUAUCAGGCAAUAGUUUUCCUCUGGGAAGUGCUCCAGGAAUAUCCAGUCUCACAUCUAAAGGGACAUUUCAAGAAGAGGUUAACUCAGAAAUAAAAGGAUCCGUUGGAUUCAUGCCAAGUUAUGAUAUUUUUAGUGAUUUGAAUAAUCACAAAUCACAUGAUUGGGAAUUACAUAAUGUAGGCAUGACCUUUAAUGCCUCUCAUCAAGCCAACUCUCUGCAAAGCAAUCUUGAUGUCGGUUCUUCAGUUUUAUCUCAUCAAGGUUUUUCUUCUAGCCAAAGGACUGGACAGAACAGGAAUAUAUCUGCUGUAGGAAAACCCAUUUUUACAGCUGGGGAUGCAACUGAUCACGUGAAUGCAAACAAUGUUGGACCUCUCAACACUUUCUUCGAUAAUUCAGUGAGGGUUAAAUCUGAAAUUGUUCCUGAUGCAAACUGUGAUACUAACAUCUUUUCUGAGCAGUUUGGCCAGGAAGAUCUCAUGAGUGCACUUCUAAAACAACAACAGGGAGGUGUAGCGCCAGCUGAAAAUGAAUUUGACUUUGAUGGGUAUCCCCUGGAUAAUAUUCCUGUGUAGCAGUUCCUCAGCUAUUUCAGUUUCUGAUGUACAUACCUCCUGUUACAGAUGAAUUGAUUUAUCUCUUCUGCAACAGAGGGAAGCAGUUCAAAUUAGCAUUUUUUUUCUGCAGACAGGAUUGCUUGAUUUCAGUUAGCUGCAUUUCCUUGGUGUAUAUCAUCAUGUUCAGCUGGUUUAAUUUGGAAAUAAAUUCCUACAAACGGUAAGUUGGAGAUGAUAUAUUCAGUUGAAGGAAGUUGCAGAUGUAAGAUACCACUGCAUGAAAUGCCAGGGCAUACAUGCAAAGUUUUGGCUUCCAUCGGGUUGGAAAAGCUGGCAAGAAGCAACUAAUUUUAGGGUGCUUGUGGAGGACAUUGGCUCCAGUUGAGGAGACAACUUAGACAUCUACAGUUUCAGGAGCCUUGCUAACUCAGUUACAGAUCAAGUUUAAUUAUUUUUACUCGUUUUUUAUUUUAUAUUUGUUAUUUAAGGAAUUGACCUUGAUUAAUGUACAUAUUCCAUUUGAUUGCUCUAGACAUAAGUCUGGGUAACUUUUAUUUCUUUUUUCUGGAUGUUUUCUUGUACUUAAAUUCUAAGGUGUUAUGUUUUUUUUUUCUGUA